UGAGACAGUUUGCAUCAUGAAUUUUGCAUGAAGUAGGUGCAAUUGUCAUCACGCCCACUCGCGUGAGUUGUCUUGCGCAGUUUUUGCAGUGAGCUUUCGGUUUGGGAGGAAAGAUGUCCAAGGAGAAGAAAAUGAGGCUCCCAUGUCCCGUUAUUCCUGUCAAUGGUCCAAAUCAAGGUACAUUUGAUUACUAUGUCCUUGUUUGUGAAGAUCUUAAAUGGGAUCUCCCAACAUGGGAUUUUCUGAAGACACCAAUUUUGGAAGCAGCAAAGGUGGAUAAAGCUGUUGGAGUUGAGACACUGGUGUUUUCCUGUGCCCAAGACUUGCCAGUGGUGUAUGCCCCAACAGGCCCCGUUUGUAGGGAUUAUGAUGACGUAAGACGAUACUAUGAUGCAGCAAUAAAUGGAACUAAAAGGGCUCUAAAGGGUGGAAGCAGAUGCCCACUUCUGGUGACCAUUUCUAAAGACACAUUCCCAAAUGCAUGGUCUGUUUCACUACUUGGAGCUCUUCAUGCCCUCUAUGUGCCAAUUGAACUAAGAGAAGCUUUCCCAGACAAGGAACAGAAAGUUGAUCACCUUGGAGUGGUACUGUUUGGUGAAGGCUGCAAUGUGGAUUAUAUCAAAGCAAUAGAUUCUGGAAGGUAUGUGUGUCAAGACAUUGGUGGAUCAGAUCCUGAGAGGAUGGCUGCCCCUCGAGUGGAGGAAUACAUUUGUGAACUAUUCCAAGGUUCUCCUGUUAAAGUGACGGUUGUAAAAGAUCCAGCUAAGUUUGAGAAGGACUAUCCUCUGUAUGCAGCUGUCAAUAGGUGUGCAAGGGUUGUUGAGAGGCACACCGGCAGAAUAAUCAAUUUGGAGUAUGUGGGAGAAGGUGACAUUCAGAACACUGUCCUUCUUGUUGGAAAGGGUGUGACUUAUGACACUGGUGGGGCAGACAUUAAGGCUGGUGGAGUUAUGGCUGGAAUGAGCAGGUUUCAGGCUCUCGAAGAGAAAGUUCCCACACACAUUGUUACGAUUGCCACUCUCACUGGCCAUGCUCGCAUUGCUGUUGGCCCUGCCUAUUCAAUUGUGAUUGACAAUGGGCCAGCAGCUCGUACCAAGUUUGCACAAAAUAUCCAAAAAGCUGGACAUGACAUGGGUGAUCCGUUUGAAAUCUCGACAGUCCGUAGAGAGGAUUACGAUUUCGUCAAAGCCCAUUCAGAGUAUGCAGAGGUAUUGCAGUGUAAUAACUCUCCAUCCAGUAGAACACCCAGAGGACAUCAGUUCCCAGCUGCUUUCCUCAUCAGAGCCUCAGGACUUGAUAAGCAUGGUAUCGACUCAGAGCGCCCACUUUGCUACUCACACUUUGACAUUGCUGGCUCAAGUGGACCAUUCCCACAAGUCCCUACUGGGGCGCCAGUGGUUGCCAUGACAGAAAUUUUUCUCAAAAGCCACUGUUAAACAGAUCAUGUGUUAAGCUGAUAACACUGCACAGCUUCAUGUUCUUGUUGGGGCACGAUACUUCAAAAGUAGAUCAGCACGAGAAAUCUGAUUUUCGUUGAUUUUAGUUUGAGUUCUAAUAUGGUGUAGGAGUCACAACGGCAUUUGCAACAAUUAAAAAAAAGAAAUUCUGAAAAAAAAAACGCUCAACUGACUGACGAGGUGUAAGUUGAUGUCAAAUAUUUAAGUAGUAAUUAUUAAUACGGCAAAGUUAGGAAAUGCUUGUGAUAAAGCUGAGCCGAGUUAAACAUGUUUGGAAAAGUUUGUCUUGGUUUUCUUUUUCGUUGAAUCUCGAGUGUUCGAUAACAUUUCGGUGAUAAUUUGAAUAAAAAACAUGUUGGAAGUAGUAUAAAGUGAUUGCUUACCGUUGCUUGGAAAAUGUAGUGGAAAUUGACUGACAAUAAAGAAAGUCAGUGAAAAAAAUC